AAAUUCCCCCGCAGAAUUUAUUCUUACCUGAGUCACGACCGAAGAGACGGGAGUACUAUUCAGGUAUAUCUGAAACCUCAAGUUUAGAGCUCCAUCGAAGGAGUAUUAUUUCACUUGAAUAUUUGAUGGAUAACGAUAAGGAGGCUGUUUAUGAUCUUAUUAAUUACAUGGCGGACAGUGAUGAAAAUGGAGAAGAAUUAGAUGGUAAAGAACGUCCAUCGACGUCAUCAUCAUCGGCACCAGCGACUCCGUACUCAAGUAUACCUUCAGCAAAUUCAAGUUUGUCAUCACAAAGUACAGAUGCCAAAAAGGUUACUUUGAGAAGUAACCGCAAGUUAUCUCAUUUCUUCGGCGCAACCUAUGGACAAAUGUUUCCCGAUAAAGUCCUUGGUGAGUUAUUAGGUGACCUUGAAAGAGAGAUCGAAGAAUCCAGCAAAAACGGGGAGGUUAAUAGGGCAGAUGCCGAAGGUCUGAUUGGUCAGCUUAAAGGAUUACGCGUGAAAAGUAAUAAACUAGGGCCUGUUGAUUCCGACGAGGAAAAUGAUGAUGACACUAGUAUAGAGGAAGAGUCUGCCUUGACGGAUGAUGAAUUAUUGGAAUCAAUACGCAAGAGAUUAGAACAAAAUAGAAGAAAGAGGGAUACCCUCACACAAAUGUGA